UCUUAUAAAAGGACAGUGAUGCAACGUGCCGGUUACACACGCAACUUUACCUACCGGAGCAAGGAGAGCGCGAAAACUGCCCAAACCCGCGCCAGAUACAGCGGCUUUUAAUCUUUUAUUCAUUCUUCUGAAUCCAAAUACAAGCACUUUGAACAGAAUGAUGUUGCAGCACCCGGGACCCUCCCUGGCAGACAUCAGCUGCUCGGCCCUGGUGCCCUGCCUGUCCCCGCCCGGCUCCCUCACCCUGGACGACUUCUCUGGGUUCAGUCCUCUGGUGAAGGAGGAGCUGCGUCUCACCAUCCAGAGCAAGAGGCUGUCGAGCGGCCUGAGCGCGGACGCCAGCUCCGACGGCGCCUCGUCCAGCAGCGAGCGGGCCAGCGAGCAUCAGCAGAACAGACCCAUGGGGUACAAGAGAGAGUUCACCCCAGAGGAGGUGGAGAGGAGGAAGAGACGAAGAGAGAGAAACAAGAUCGCUGCAGCCAAAUGUCGCAACAAGAAAAAGGAGAAGACCGAGACGCUACAGAAGGAGUCUGAGAAGUUGGAGACGGUGAACGCAGACUUGAAAGCUCAGAUCGAGGAGUUGAAGCAGCAGAAGCAGCAGUUGGUGUACAUGCUGAACCUCCACCGGCCCACCUGCAUCGUCCGGGCACAAAACGGCCACACGCCGGAAGACGAACGCAACCUCUUCAUCCAACACAUCAAGGAGAGCGCCUUACAACUGCACAACCUCACCUCCAGCAUCUCCUCCACCGCUAACACUUCAAAUACUUUCAAUACUACUACUACUACUACUUCUACUUCUACUACCACUAUAGACGCCGAACUGCUGUCACUAGACCACGUGCACUGCGCCGGGCACCUAUGAACUAAUAAAAACUGUAAAAGACUCUUUCACAGAUUGUUGUCGACAUGAAGCUGCUAAAACAAGAGUGACACCUGCCAAUCUUCAGUAUGUCCCGCCCACGCCCUCAAACCAAAGCUGCUGAUUGGACGAAACGUGAUACUGUUGAAUACACUGCAAAAAAGAAAAAAAGA